AUGGUCUCACGCAACGAAUUCUCCCUGCCUGCACUCCCCAAGAUCCUCAAGAAAAUGUCCAAGAAGAUAUUUGAUCUCCGCAACUUUGCCCGUAGUGCCAAAAUGCCAAUCUUCUCGGCCAUCUCCUUUGCCGCCAUAUUCUUCGUACUCUAUUCCGACCACCUCUUUUCUGGUCCUUCUUCUUCAAGUGAGUUGCCACAACUUAACAAUCAAAUGAACAUUGAUCAGGAAGACUACGAUGACGAGGGUGAAGUCGUGGAUCCUCUGGUCCCUCCGGAGAAUGUGACAAAAGCUGGAAGAAUUGAAUGGUUCCGACAGAAGCUCCCGGAACUCGACCUGCUCAAUUCGAACGAAUUGAGCGAGAAGUUCCAUGGCCGAAUCCUGGAGUUCUUCAACAACAACUGUUCAGUCCAAUUCUACAUGGUAUGGCUCUCACCAGCCAAAACAUUUGGACCGAGAGAAUUCCUGUGCAUGGACAGUCUCUUCCACUCAAAUCCAGAGGCAUGUUUGAUCAUCGUCUCCAGGUCCAUGGACUCCAAGCAUGGUUACAGAAAGCUCAAGCCUGUCCUCGAUCUCGGCUUCAAAGUUCUUGCAGUCACACCUGACGUGCCGUUUUUGGUGCAAGAUACACCGGGUGAAGAUUGGCUCGAGGACAUGAAGAGUGGCACUAGGGAUCCUGGCUACAUCCCUCUAACUAUAAACCUCUCCAAUCUUAUAAGGAUUGCAAUGAUAUACAAAUAUGGAGGUGUGUAUAUCGAUACUGACUUCAUAGUUCUCAAGGAUUUCUCAGAGCUAAGGAACGCAGUCGGAGCUCAGACUGUGGAUCCAGUGACUAACCAAUGGAGCAGCAUCAACAAUGCAGUUGUGGCGUUUGAUCUGGGCCAUCCUAUGCUGUUGGAGUUCAUAAAAGAAUUCUCAAACACCUUCAACGGGAACAAAUGGGGCUACAACGGGCCAGCUAUGUUUUCAAGAGUCUUUCAGAGGAUGGGUGGAAGCCUACCAGAUUACAACAUAACAGUCUUGCAACCCAAGGCAUUCUAUCCAGUAGACUGGAUACAGAUCCGGAGGCUUUUCAGAAAGCCGACAACUGGAUCUCAAUCAAGAUGGGCUGACCGGCUCCUAGUGGAGCUGCAGGAUAGCUAUGCAUUACACCUAUGGAACAAGAGGAGCAGGGAAUUGAUUAUUGAAGAUGGAAGUGUGAUGGACAGGCUGAUCGCCGAGCACUGUGUUGUCUGCCAGCAUAUCAACCAUGCUUAG